UAAUUCGCCUCUUAUUGGCAAAUAAAUAUAAAAAUUUGUUUUUAUGAAAAAAUGCACUCCUAGAAGUACAAACUAUCAGGAAGGUAGUUAGGGUAGAUGUUUAACGGCGCACCCAAGCUUUUAGGAGGCCCAUUGUGAAACCACCCACUUGAAUCCCCUCACUCUAUUAUUAUAUAUCCUCUCUGAACCACACCGAAACACGUCGAAGAAACCCUCGCUAUUAGAACAUACCCUCGAUAUGGUUUUCAAUAUUUAUCAAUAUUUAUUAAUUUCAUAAUACGUUUUUAUAUUCAGUAAAUAUGUAGUGAUCAUUUAGGGUCCAUCAUACCGACGCCACAAAUCUAACAUACAUACAUAAAAUACCACAUCUAUACCACUCAGCUUACCCUAUCUUACUUGUAUAAGUAUACACAUGCAUACAUACAUAUAUAUAAAAUAAGCAAACAAAAAAAGUUAUAGAUUAUUCAGGUUAAGCGCCUUCACUUCAAUCAAUGCUCAGCAAUAAAUAAACUGACACUUCGUCGGAAGUUUUUGAAGAUGUAAGUCACACAGUUGAACAGUCAAAGCGCUCGAUCAUAAAUUAACGCGAAUCGUGUGAAAGUUUUCAAUUUUAUACAGCGGUAAUGAUGAUAAUAGUGCUAAAUUAGAACAAAAUAGAACACAAAGCAAAAAAUUAUAACCAGAAAAACUGCAACACCAAAAAUAAAAUAAUAAUAAUUUAUUAUAAAAACAAAAUAAAAAAUUAUUUAUAAUAAAACAAAGAAUAAAUAUACAAUUCUAUUAGUAAAAAUAUAACUGUGAUUACUGCGUACCUUUACAAAACAACGACUUAUUUUCAAACGAUAUUUUAAUAUACUAUUAAAUAAAAAAUAAAUAAAAAUAAAAUAUAUUUUUAUUAUAAACAAAUUUGUAUACACACUAUAUAUAGACAAAGUAGAGCUUAAGAAAUAUUCAGAUUGUGAAUUUUGCUUGACACGAGAAGGUCAUUCGCUUAUAUAAUCGCACAAAACGUAUCGUACAAUUCUCAGAGGAAAACAUCAAAACGAAGAGCAUACCACAGCUCCAGAAUGUACCUCGCUUAAAAUUGGCUUUAACUAAGGAUAACUCUGAACAAGUGUUACAUUUGUAAAAACUCCUUUCGAAUUUUGGAUGGAUCAUAAGGGUUAUACCGCCGAAGUUUCUCCUUUUUACUCGUUGAAUUUUAAUUAAAUUCAAGCCAAAAAGCCCACAAAAUUAUUUAAACAAUAUUGCCGUUAUUUGAGGUGACGAUGAGUUCUUCAGUAUCCUUCCUGUUGUUGAUGAUCUGUGCGAUCGUUUUGGCGGCACAACAAGGCCAAGCAAAGAAGGGCUGCAACGCAUAUGGACAAGCUUGUUACGGUGGACACGGAAAACGUUCUCUGGGCUCCUUAACGGAGGAGAUGCUGGCAAAUAGUGCAUACAGAAACGAAAGAGAGGAAUUGCAUCCCAAUGAAUUGCUGCAAGCGAUACCUAAUGAAGCGACAGGACUAUUACCAGAAAGAGAAAUUGACACAUUCCCCAGAUAUAGACUCAUCAAGAUUAUGAGGUCAUUGCUGGGUGGACAUCUGAAGCGACCUGUAGAGCAUGCCAAUGAAAUCGACUACCCCAUCUCAGCAGAAACGUUUAGCCGGGACAACAGCAACAACUUCAAUUAAGAUGUGAGACACCAUGAAACACCACGCCGACAAAUCCAUUCAGACUAUUAAUUUCAGUUGUGAACGAGCAAAGUAGCCGGACCUUUAAGUGUGCAGAAAAUCAGAAAUUACAAACUUAAAAAUAUACCAAAAACAAAUGCAUUGGGCUUAUGUACAAUAUAAUAAGAGUAUGAAAUCCAUAUAUUCUUUAAAUAUUUGUAUAUAUAUAUUUUAGUAGAUUAUCUAGCAAAAGUUAAAACCCACACACAUAUGUACAUGCAUAAAAUUUUAUAAUCAUUCCGCUUUUACACAGAUAAUAUGUACAUACAAUAAAUAUAUAAGCAGAAUUUAGCAAAUAUGAGAAAAAAUCAAUGAAUUCAUUAAACUACUUACUUUCGCAUUUCGGCAAAAUCUGACUGAAAUUUUAAGGGCUGGAAAAUUUCAGUUGAUUGCAUAACACAUAAAGGCAAACACACAUAAACGCAUACACCUGCAUUGUACAUUUAUUGCUAAGGAGAGAAUUCAAUGCUUUCUUUAACUUGAAUGUGAAAUCACAUUAUAUAAUUUAGGAAAUUAUACUAUACUUUAGAAUAGUGGAUCUAAACACUUAGCCAAACUAUAUGUUCCAAAACAAAGAUAAUGAAAAGCAAAGACUAUAGGAUACCUUUAUUUACCAAAUAUGAGUAUGUAUGUAAAUGUUAAUAAAUUAUUAUAAAGCUUAUAUUAA